GUAGUAUAAACCUGCUCAGCCAUAAGCCUGUCCAAUGGGGGUCACGGGACACCGAAAACUACAAUUCCCGCCAGCAAAGCGGCACGGGCCGCUCGACUCACCUCCCGCCCCCAGGGCCCCUGUUUAUCCUCCUACCUCAGUUCUGGUAGCCAGGGUCAAAUCCGCUGUAGUGACUGACUCUCAGGGCAUCUGCUCCGAGGUCCGAGUCCACCUUUGCUACUUGGCCUUCCUCGGAACCCACGGGAGAAAGACUCGGGGGCGUGGUGCAACCCUGACCCCGCCCUCAUCGCGGGGCUGCUGGGGCCUGGUCGCCAUGGCGACGGGUUGUACACUACCACAGCUUCCCAGCCCGCGGUUGCUGGCUGCUCGCCUGCCCGAGGGUCAUGGCCUCGCAGCAGCCGUGGUGCUGCAGCUUCUCCUCCGCGUCGAGAUCACAGCCUGGGUCUUCAGAAGUGACUACAGACAACUUCUUUCUCCCAGAAGCCAAGAGCACCCAGAAACGCAAACUUUCUCAGAAACGGAAGACAUUGUCUUUUCAGUUCUCCACGGAUGGGCACCUGUCCCCAUGGCCCACAUACACCAGUGGCCAGACCAUUCUGCAAAAUCGAAAACCCUGUUCAGAUGCCUACCAGAAGCGAGCAGGUAGCUGGCAGCAGCAGCCUUUUGGCACUGGCAAGCCCAGGUACCUGGAGCAGCUGGAAAAUUACCUACGCAAGGAGCUCCUCCUGCUGGACCUGGGUACGGAUUCUAACCAGGAGCUGAGGCUGCAGCCUUACAGAGAGAUCUUUGAGUUCUUCAUAGAGGACUUCAAAACAUACAAGCCAUUACUAUCUUCUAUCAAGAAUGCCUAUGAGGUUAUGCUGGCCCACCAAAGGGAGAAGAUUCGGGCUCUAGAACCCCUGAAGGCCAAGCUUGUCACUGUGAAUGAGGACUGCAAUGAGAGGAUCCUGGCCAUGAGGGCUGAGGAGAAAUAUGAAAUCUCUGUGCUCAAGAAAGAGAAGAUGAAUUUGUUAAAACUCAUCGACAAAAAGAAUGAAGAGAAGAUCUCAUUGCAGAGUGAGGUGACUAAACUGAGGAAGAACUUGGCUGAGGAGUACCUGCACUACCUCACCGAACGAGAUGCCCGCAAGAUCCUCAUUGCAGACCUGAAUGAGUUACGGUACCAGCGGGAAGACAUGUCAUUAGCCCAGUCCCCAGGCGUCUGGGGGGAGGACCCUGUGAAGUUAACACUGGCUCUGAAGACGGCCCGGCAAGACCUGACCCGCACACAGAUGGAACUCAACACCAUGAAGGCCAACUUUGGAGAUGUGGUACCCAGGAGGGACUUUGAAAUGCAGGAGAAGACCAACAGGGAUCUUCAGGAGCAGCUGGACAGCCUGAGAGCUGAUUAUGAAGAGGUCCGCAAGGAGCAUGAGCUCUUGCUUCAGUUACACGUGAGCACACUAAAGGAACGGGAUCAGUUCUUUUCCGAGCUGCAGGAGAUCCAGCGCACCUCCACACCACGGCCUGACUGGAGCAAGUGCAAAGAUGUGGUGGCUGGGGGCCUAGAACGCUGGCAAAUGCUGGCUGAGGGAAAGAACAGUGACCAGUUGGUGGAUGUGCUUCUGGAAGAGAUUGGCGAGGGUCUUCUGCGGGAAAAAGACUUCUUCCCUGCUCUGGGCUAUGGGGAAGCCAUCCCCACUUUUCUUCAGUAUGAAGGCCUUGUGGAGAACAAGAAGCCAACCAAGAAAGAGGUGAUAAACCUUCUCAAGGAUGCCUGGAAGGAACGUCUCGCAGAGGAGCAGAAAGAAAAGUUUCCAGAUUUCUUCUUUAAUUUCCUGGAGCAUCGCUUUGGACCCAGUGAUGCCAUAGCCUGGGCUUAUACCAUUUUUGAGAAUAUCAAGCUCUUCCGCUCCAGUGAGGUCAUGAGUCAGUUCUAUGCAGUCUUGAUGGGAAAGUGGAGUGAGAGUGUGUAUGUCAACCAGAAGGAGACAAUAGCCCAGCUGCUGAAGGAUAUGACAAAUGUUGACACUCAGAAUGAGGGGCUACUAACCAUGGAGCAGUUCAGCACUAUCCUCAAGAAUACCUUCCCUCUCAAAAAAGAAGAGCAAAUUCAGGAACUGAUGGAGGCAGGAGGCUGGCAUCCCAAGAGCAGCGAUGCGGACUUGCUCAACUACCGCUCAUUGUUUAUGGAGGAUGAGGAGGGCCAGAGUGAGCCCUUUGUGCAAAAGCUAUGGGAACAAUACAUGAAUGAGAAGGACAACUACUUACAUGAUCUAAAAAAGGAGCUAGGCCUGGAACUCCAUGAUGAGGUGAACCUGUCCAAGCUGCGUAGGGCCCUGAUGAAUACCGAUUCUAGCCUGGACAAACAGACUGUGAACACCUACAUGAGCCAGGCCUUCCAGCUCCCAGUAUCAGAACUGCCAGAGGAGGGCGAUGAGAUGGAAGCAGGCAUUGUGGUAGGCCUUCAGACAGCACUGGAACGGCUUCAAGUGAUUGACAUCAGGCGCAUGGGACCUCGAGAGCCAGAGCCUGCAAGCUAGGACCACUGCGAGCAACCUAAGUGCUCCAGUACUACUUACUCCUGAGUUUUAGUAUAAAAUUGUUUGAGCCGA